AUGAUCCAAUUGAUUGAUCUGGCGGACGAAGCCCGUGGCUUGUCGACCCAGAUACUCAAUGGUGGUGUCACGCCCGUUGAUGUCGUCCUUCUGCAGUGGCAUCUGGAAUCCCUCGCUCAUCAGUUCGAGGAAGGCCCAGAGGGGAAAACAAGCAUCGGCGGCGGCGCGAAAGGGUUGCAGAUGCAGCCACCAAUCGAUCCCAGCCGGCCAAGGCAACAGCGGCGCGGCGGCCAAGAGAUGCACCGGGUCAUGGCCGCCGGCGGCCCCAACUCCCAAUUGAACGACGGCGUCGGCCAGACAGGUAGAGUUGAGAUGCGAAGUGAGGUGCAGGGUAGACUACCACCAUGUCCUCCGAUGGCAGGCCUUUUUGCCGGAGACAAUGAUGAUCCUCUGGCGAAGCCGUACUCUGGCAGCGACGCCCCCUCUGCAUCCUUUGAGGACAUGGCCAACGGCAACACUUUUCUAAAUGUUGAGGUGACCAUCAACUUUAAAAGCUGUGGUAAUGGUUCCUCAUUGAUAUGUAAAUGCAAUGGUAAUGGUUCCACUUCAAUGAAAUGGAUAUUUUCCAACAUGAUGGUUGAAACCAAUCUAGGGGAUUUUGAUAAUUAUAGCAACACGAAUGCUGACCAUCAGUCACAAGCAAUGCAAGUUAGUCCAGCAGUCCCCUCUGCGAGGCCGAACCAUAAGAGAUCAAAGAAUUUCAGUGACCACGAAGAUGAGGUUUUGGUUUCAGCGUGGCUGAAUAUAAGUUUGGAUCCGGUCGUAGGCAAAAAUCAAAAAGGUGGCAGGCGUCAAAGUGGUACUACAAUGCAAGACAAGGUUGCAGAGGCAUGUGCUUUGUACAAGGCCGAAGACCAACAUAACAAAGCAUUUCAGUUCAUGCAUUGCUGGAAUAAGCUGAGAACACAACCGAAAUGGCUUGCUAAACUUGAUGAAUUUGCUGCUGCUAAAACAUCUAACAAGAAGCAGAAGUCAAGGCCUACUGCUGAUCCGAGUGCAACUUCACCAAGUGAAGUAGGACAAGAUGCAGUUGAAGACUUAGAUGCUAAUGCAUUGACAAGGCCAAUUGGUAAGAAGAAGGCAAAAGCAGCAUUGCUGCAAGAGAAGAAAAAAAGUGUGACAGCAACCUUAGAAAAUAUGUGGGCACAGUUAAAAGAAACUGAUGGGGAGAAAGAGCUAAAGAAAGAUCAGAGGUUCAACAAAGCAUUUGCUCUUGAACAGGAACGAGUUGCAAAUGAAAAACUACUUCUUGAGGUGAGGAGUCAGGAGGUCCAAUUGCAGAGGAAGAGGGAUGAAGAGAGGAUUAUGACCAUGGACCUUAGUGCCAUGCCAGAUGAGCAAAAGAAAUACUACAUGUGCUUGCGGGCUGAGAUCAUGAGCCGAGUAUUUAAUUAG